CAGUCACCCCAAGUGCGACCGGCCGGCUGGAGCGCAGGCAAACAAACAAACCCAGACCAGCCAUAGCGAUCGUGCCGCGAGGUUUUGAUUCAGCACAGAGACGCCGGAGCAGAGGAGGAGAAUGGGACGCCGGUGCCUGGAUCAGGACUGAGUCUGGUCGGCACACUGAGAGCUCCUCCGACCCGUUUCCAAGUCCUUUUCUCCCGGCUCAGAGUCACGUUUUCGCCGCUGACACAAUGGGCUGCUGCAGCGGACGGUGCACUCUUAUCUUCAUUUGCACUUUACAGUUGGUGUUGGCUUUAGAAAGACAAGUCUUUGACUUCCUGGGUUACCAGUGGGCCCCCAUCCUUGCCAACUUUUUCCACAUCAUCAUUGUCAUCCUUGGCCUCUUUGGCACCAUCCAGUACCGGCCACGCUACAUCGUAGUGUAUACCGUAUGGGCCGCUCUGUGGGUAGCCUGGAAUGUCUUCAUCAUCUGUUUCUACCUGGACGUAGGAGGCCUGUCCAAGGACAGUGACCUGCUGACAUUUAACAUCUCAGCCCACCACUCCUGGUGGAGCGAACACGGGCCGGGCUGUGUGAGGAGUGAGAUGCCGCAGGCUCCAGGGGUCCGCACCACAGAGAGCCACUCCUACAUCACUGUCAUGGGCUGCCUCAUGGACUACCAGUACAUCGAGGUCAUGCAUAGCAGCACACAGAUUCUUGUUGCUCUCCUGGGCUUCGUGUACGCCUGUUAUGUUGUCAGCGCUAUCACUGAGGAGGAGGACAGCUUUGAUUUUAUUGGUGGAUUUGACCCAUUCCCACUCUACCAUGUCAAUGAGAAACCAUCUCAUCUCCUCUUAAAGCCCAUGUAUCUGUCUACGUAAAUAGGACAUCGUCCAGCAGGGAGGUGACACAGCAAAUUCCCAUGGAGACAAAAUGGCUGUUUUGACACAAACGUCCCAGUGCACUGGGACACGCCAGACAUUCCUCCCCUUCUUGAUUUCAGUACUUUAAACAUGUCAUUUACUGGUGUGCUGCCCAGAAAAAUCAACACUUCUCAGUUAGGGUCCAUUGUUUUCCAGGGAGGGAUGACGGGUUCUGGGAAUGGGGGGAUUACAGUGCAACAAAGCCUCAUAUUGUGCAUUUAGGGAAGUAUCAAUCAUUUUCUUUGUGUUGAGUUCUCAGCUGAGGUCCCAUUGCUGUGACCUGCGCAUAAUGGUCUAAUACUCUCCAAGAACAUGACUGUAUAGAACAUGUACAGCGUAUAAAUACAUUGUGUAUGUAAUCAGGGACUGCCCAGCAUUCCCAGUCUGUGGUGCUGUGUCUUAGAGGACUCAGUGAUUUAGCAUGUUAUUGCCGGUUUGGCUCAGAUCUUGGCCGGAGGGCUGAAUUACAGUGGAGCCUGUGGAAUGAGCUAUUGUGUGCUGCCUGUUUACUUUAGGCCAGGAUCUGUGUGCAUAAAUACACAAGUGGAGCAGGAAGAGGCAGGGGAGUGGAGAGGUAGAGGGAGGGGAAGGAAGAAAAGCACCAAAUCUACAGUGGCAUCCGUCAAAAAUAGAAAAUGUAAAUAAUGAACUGGGGGUAGGUGAGGGUGGUGGGGGGGGAGGGGGGGGGUGAACUAUCAAGAAUGCAAGAGAGCAUGUGAGAGGUGUUCAAACACAAAAAAUGGCACGUGAGUCUUACUUUUAUUUCUGGAGUCUUAUUAUUGUGACUAUUUUCACCAACAGACGAGUCAGUGAUUCUGAAGUGUCAGGUGCGUCAGAUGAUGUGCUGAAAGCUUUGUUUUCACUUCAGUUCUUCUCUAACUUGCAUCAGGCUGCUGUCAGGGGUGAUCAUUACACUCUCUCAAGCAAAGGUUACACAGCAUAUUUUUAACUUCAAGAAAACAAUAGAAAUUGCUUUUCAUAUUGCACACAACAGUGUUGAGUGGUAUGGGUAUGGUCUUCAGUGUAGAGGUAGCAUGGCUAUAUGUGAGUGGGUCAGAGCAUUGUCUCCGGUCAGUUCAACAGUUUAGAUUGUCAUUGGUGAUAGUCUCAGUUGUGAUUGUUUUAUAGCAUGUUUUUUACAGGGUUUGUAUUGUAAUUAUGUGUAUAACAUACUAAGUCAUGACAAAGUAGCAAAACUGAUGUCUUCAACUGGCUUUACAGUAUAUGAGCUGGUUAAACUGUAACUGAAAGUGUGUGCUGAGUAGUUUCUUACUCAGAUUACCCAGCAACAUUAGAACUUGAUUUAGGCAGAGAUGCACAUACCUGGGUCAUAGCUCCUAAACUGAUUGGUGGCACUUUUUUUCCUCAAUGGUUGAUACAUCAGGACUUAAAUCAGAUCCCUUCUUGCCUCCCUGUUUGUGUGAAUCACUACUGCCCUCUGGUGUUCACAGUGUGCAUGUACAAGUCACAAGGCUACUGAGUUUCUGCUACAUGCCUGCUCUUCCACAAAUCAAGGUUCUAUCUUAAACUCAUUUUUUGUUUGCAAAUAACAGCAAAUCCUAAAAUAGUAAGUCAGUAAUUGUCAUGUAAGUGGGGACAGCAAGUUUCCCUAUUUGUUUCGAUGUUACAUUCAGUCGUUGUCUUUAUUCUUUAGGCUAAGAUCUUUUGUUAGCAACUGAAUUUAAAUCCAGAAUAUUUGCAGUGUGUCAUUUGUUUGUUUGCAGGAUUUCAAUUGGUGCAAAUAAUUGAAAUUGACUGCAUAGCUAUUUUUGCAUCUUUAUUUUUUCUAUAAUCAAAAAAACUUGUGAACAAAAAAGUUGCCUUUUGUUCAUUUUUUUUCCAGUCCAUUAUCUAUUGUUAUCGUCCAAAAAUAUCCUUUCCGGUGUCAUUUUCCUCAGUGAUAUUAGAUUUACCUCACUGUCAGAUCAGACAGUCGACAAACUGUUAUGAUUCUGAAAAUAAUCCGACCACUUUCUGCCAGCUACUUUCAGAAUGAUGAGAGUGAUCUAUUUUGAUUUGAUCGGUCACCUCUGUAUUGGAAAGAUGCAAUAAUAAUUUAUGUCAUUAUUUGUCUUUAUAAUUUAAAGUUUACACACUCCUGGUAGGCUAACUGGUGUGUGAGUUAGUAAAAACACAAAGCACCUCAUAUUGUAACAUAAUCAGUAUUAGUAGUGAAAUGCUACUAAAAUCGUUAUGUAAAAAUUAGUCUUCCUCUCAGUGCAAUACAGACUCUUCCUAAAACCCUGUGACUGGAAUUAGUUGACACCUGUUAUGGUUGUCUGUGUGUUAGCCUCCACUGAAAAAAGAUACCACCUCUUUGUAGAUAAUUCUUUUUCUUUGCAUAUAAAGUGGAAAAGAUUUUUUUGUAUUAUUCUCUUCUGUUUUGUGUUUUGUGCUGCCCCGUCCCCAUGUGACCUGGUUGUGUAAUCCUAUUUAUCCAGAACUGUGCUUUGUGUUCAUGUAAAUAGGUGUUUGUUAAUAAAGAAUGUGCUC